AUGUCGACAGUCAGCCUUUCAACCUCCCGACAUCGCUUUGCGUUAUUAGGUGCAACGGGCCAUACCGGUCGACUGAUUCUAAAGAAGCUUCUCCAGCAGACAAGCAUUCCAGACAUUGAAGUUCAGGUCUACGUUCGUUCUCGGCAAAAGCUAGAAUCUUUGGUGCCAUCUAUAUCUUCCGACAACCGAGUGUCGAUUUUCGAAGGUCAUCUCGAGGAUGAAGGUUUGAUCCGCAAUUGUGUUUCAGGGGUGGACACAAUCUUCUGCACCAUUGGCGAAAACGAAAACAUCCCAGGAGUGACUGUAUUGCAAGACACCGCUCAAGCUAUCCUCACCGCGCUGUCAUCGCUUCAAAAGCAAUCGAUACUGCGAUGGACCCGACCACGUUUAAUUAUGUUGUCUUCCGCCACAUGGAAUGCACGAUUUGCAGCUACUCGGCCGAUAGUGCUAGACUGGAUGAUUCGAAACGCUUUCGCACACCCAUAUCAUGAUUUGGUUGAGGCGCAGAAAAUGCUCUUGGACGCCUCACCUCUUCUACGUGUCCUCCUCGUCCAGCCAAAUGCAUUGGUUAGGGAACCAGCAUCUGGUUGUGUCAUUAGCACUGAAUUUGCCGCUGUCGCCGUCUCCUAUGAGGAUUUGGCAGAAGGGUUCGUGCAGAUUUCGACCAAUUCCGAAUUUGAUGGCAUCCCUGCUGUUGGGGUGUCCAGCGCCCGAGCGGAAAAUUAUCUACUAUACAUUCCGUUUGUCCUGGGAAAGGUCUUGCGAGGCUUGCUCUUUAAAUUCGUUCCCGGAUAUUGGCAGGCGGAAUACGCCGUCUCUCGAUAUCUUGCUAGCUGGACACGAAAAAUCCAAGAAGUAUUCACUACUCUAGACUAG